GAAACAAAAACCCUAACCCUAGUAAUAACACUACACAUAUAUAACCCUCGCAACAUUUUAUUGGAACUGGCCAUUGUUUCACAAAGCAGAAGCUGCAGCAGCUCCCUUCUCUCUCACAAUCUAGUAAGCCCUAGAAUAGUCUACAAACAAUGGCGGCCUACGGAAUCAAACCAACCAAGCCGGGUUUGGAGGAGCCCCAAGAGCAGAUUCACAAGAUAAGAAUCACUCUUUCCUCGAAGAAUGUGAAAAAUCUCGAGAAAGUCUGUGCGGAUUUAGUUCGUGGUGCCAAGGAUAAGAGAUUGAGGGUUAAGGGACCUGUGAGAAUGCCAACCAAGGUUCUUCACAUUACCACUAGGAAGUCUCCUUGUGGUGAAGGAACCAACACUUGGGAUAGAUUUGAGCUUCGUGUUCACAAGAGAGUUAUUGACCUCUUCAGCUCCCCCGAUGUGGUGAAGCAGAUCACUUCCAUUACAAUUGAACCUGGUGUUGAGGUGGAAGUUACUAUCGCUGACUCUUAAAUGUUUCCGACUUCCUUUCUGGCACUAUUUAGUUCUUAGUGAUUCAGAAGUAAUCUUCCCUCCCUGUCUUACUGUCUGCUUGGAAGAUAUUUGUUAAGAAUUAAUGUUUUUAAUGGUUGUUGUAGGUGAAAACUCUAGUUUGUUUUUUCCAUACUAUUUUUGAAGUUAACGAUUAUGUUCUAUGUUUUGUGGAGAGGGAUUUUGUUUACUCGCAA